AAAUGAUAAGUAUAAAAUAGUUCGACAUGAACAUAUGCACUCACUUUUGCUCGCCACUGCACGUAAAUAUUUAUAAUCCCUUUUGAAUCCAUCUCGAAAAUUGCAACAUGUCGAUUGGCGGUGCACGUAAAAGUGGGUCUGUCAGACAAUGCUUAAGUUCGCUGGAAGCAGGGAGCAUCGCGCCAGAUGCCUAUUGGAUGGGCUCCAGAAUGGUGUACAAGCUGCUGCGAGCCUGGCGGACGCCGCUGAUCUGUGUUGUGGGGUCGAUGGGACUCCUACUGGUCCUCCACCAGCUGCUGGCACAGCUGCCGCCCUCAAACUCAGCCAGAUCGUCGUCGUCGUCGUCAUCAGUCAACCGAAAGUCCCCGGGCCUUCCCGCACAGGCGCAGCUACUGCCCGGUUUACCCAGAAUCGAUGUCGAUCCUCCUGCAGUGGUGGUGGAUGAUGAGAAGAACAGACCACUGGAUCUGAAGACUGUGCUGCAUCAGAAUGCACAGCAACACUGGGCCCAAGGGUCGCGGCGCAGCCAUCAGUGUGCGCCCUAUCCCCGCUAUGAGGAUUUGGUCUUCAAGAAUCCCGACUUCCAGUGGGUGACGGUGGGCAACCUGAGCUACUUCUUCUACAACGCCUACUACGACUGCAGGCCGGCAGCGCCCGAGGUGAUGGUACUGGCCAUGGUGACCACCGUCACGGGCCCAUAUCCGGCGGCCUUCUGUCAGCUGUGGUACGAGGAUGGCGGCCAGCCGGACCUGGUGCCCGUCACCGAUACCAAGGUGGGCUGGUACGACGUCUGGGGCGAUGUGGAGGGCAUUGCCUAUCCCACCAUGUUCAGCUGUGUGGUGCCGGAGCCCGACAUCCGAGUGCCGCAGCUGGUGUCGCUGGUCUUCGGCAGCCGCUGUGCCCCCGCCAGGAACGCCCUAAUCGUGAUCAAUGCCCAGGUGCCACAGCGGCCGCCGCCCAACUCCAAGCAGCAGCAGCUGCGCACGGGUGUGUGCGUUAAGUUUCUCAGCUUCCCGGAUCGCGAUGUAUCCGAUCGGAUGGUGGAGUGGCUGGAGCUGCUGCGUCUGCUGGGUGUCGAGCGGGUGGUGGCCUUCGAUAUCGGUGAGCUGACCGCCAACACAUCGCGCACCCUCGCCCACUACGCCGACGUGGAUGGGCUGCUGCAGCUGCGGCCCCACCAGGUGCUAGAAGAGCAGUCGGACGACUGGGAUCUGCGGUCGCGGCUCACCGAGGUGCUGAUGUACAACGACUGCCUGUACCGGAACAUGUACGAGUUCGAUUACCUGGGCGUAUUCGAUGUGGAUGAGGUCAUCAUGCCGCUGGGCGAGCUGCUCAGCUACCGGUCGCUGCUGCAGCAGCUGCAGCAGCUGGACGUGAACUGCUCGGCGCGCUCGAGCUUCUGCUUCCGCAACGUGUACUUCCCCAAGGAGCUGGCAGCGGAUCCGGCGCUGCCGCAGCAGUUCUACAUGCUGUCGCAUGUGACGCGGGUGGCCGACCAUCUGGACGCCAACUUGGCCAUUAAGUGCCUGCACAAUCCGCAGCUGGUGACCCUCACGCACAACCACUUCCCCAUGCGCUGGCGGGCGGAGUCGUGCGGCCCCAUGGAUGUGCCCGUUCACAUUGGCCAGAUGCAGCACUACCGCCACGUGGACGAUGAGGAAACGCUCAGCCGCCCCACUCCGGUGCGGGACGACAAUAUCCUGCGCUUCAGGCAACAACUUGUUCAGAAUUGCCUCGACGUUCAUCGCCGGCUUGGCUGGACAUAGGUACUCGCAGUGCCCCUGCCCCGUGCCGCUGCCACUGUACUGCCACUGUACAGCCACUGUACUGGAAGGAGGCGGAUCCGCAUAUUGAUUAUAUUUUAAUUGCUUUUCGUAUAUUUAAGAGGCUUAAACUGGUGGCCACGUGCUACGCCCUGCUACGCCCUGCUACGUGCCACACUCGAGCAGCGCUGCCUGCGGGCCUAUGACACGGGCAGACAGAGUGACCGCUGUCCCACCUUGCUGUGGCCGUGGCCGU